AUGGUGGAGUCAAUUGCCGCUACAUCCCUUUUGGUCCACCAACCCAUUAACCGGAUCUAUCACCGCAAGUAUGUCCCAAAUAAGCAAAAGCUAGUCAAUUACCGCCUGCUAAGGUCUUUUACCAAAUUUCUGGACACUCAAGUCUCAUGGUCGGCAUCAUGUAUGGAGGAGAAGCAAUUGCGGUCCAUAAUAAAGGCUCAAGCCAUGGAAUUAACCAAAGAGGCAUACUCGUACCGCGAAAAGGACCGAAUUCGUAAAGACCCUUGGGGUCAAGCGGACACUGGCAUGGAUAACCGGCCCGGGUUAUGGCCGCCCGAGAACAAAGCAGAUAAUCCCGCCCUUAAUAACCCUUUGCUCAGACAAGAAAGGAUGGGCUGUGGCUGGUUAGGUGUCAUAUUCGAGUGGGAAGGUGUUCUGGUUGAGGACAAUCCCGAUCAUGAGAGGCAAGCCUGGUUGACUCUUGCCCUGGAAGAAGGAAAAUCUCCCCCACCCGCCUUCAUGCUCCCGAGGAUUGAAGGCAUGAAAAGCGAGCAGGCACUCGGAGAGGUUCUCUGCUGGUCGCGGGACCCGGGUGAGUUAAAACGAAUGUCAUCCAGAAAGGAGGACAUAUACCAGGCUCUGCAUGGUGGGAAUUACAAGUUCCGUCCGGGCUCGCAAUCGUUUGUCAGCGUCCUGAUGAACCACAAGGUGCCUAUGGCCCUGGUCUCCACUCGGCCGAGAAAGUACCUUGAGAUGGCAAUUGCGGUCAUCGGCUUCGAGAAUGUGUUUAGUGUGAUUGUGGCAGCCGAGGACGUGCACAGGGGGAAGCCCGACCCGGAGAUGUAUGCCUAUGCAGGCCAGCUCCUGCAGUUCAUACCCGAGAGGUGUAUAGUCAUCGGGAACUCGAAUCUGACUGUGGAGGCUGCCCGUGAUGCGCGGAUGAAAUGUGUUGCGGUUGCUAGCAAGCAUCGAGUGUACGAGCUUGGGGCGGCAGAUAUAGUGGUGACGCGGCUUGAUGAGCUCUCUGUGGUGGAUUUGAAAAAUCUUGCGGAUAUUGAGUCGCCUGAGUUUGGGUUGGAUGAACCGGAGAUGGAGAUGGAGGUCGAGGCGGAUGAUGACCGGCGCUCGUCUUCUUCUUCGUCUGGAGAUUUUUAUGAUGAUUUCUGGUGA